ACUGCUGUGUUUGUGUCCUCUCCUCCCAUCUCAAGGUUGAAUGCCUUCGUGCUCUUCCUGUGUGAAGACCCGUUCUGUUGCCAGUUCAUAGAGUUUGCUAAUUCCGUGGCAGCCCGUGCAGACAAACUCAGAUCCUGGCAGAAAGCCCUCUUCUACUGUGGGAUGGCCCUGUUUCCUAUAUUCUUGAGUUUCUCCUUUACAACCUUGUUUGGAAAUGCCAUCACCUUCGCUACGGGGGUUCUGUACGGCCUUGCAUCAUUAGGCAAAAAACUCCCAUAUUAAAUGCAGUUUGCCACAUUUAAUUCAGAUUUUAAUAUUUUUUUGCUUGUAAGUU